UUCGUUGUCCGGUCAGGUGACUUGGCGCUCGAGCWGCCUCGGUAUCGUUCCCCAUUAAACAAACACAGUCAGCGGCACUGCCACGGAGACGAGCUCUGAAUACAUACCGACGGAACAUAGAAUAAACCCCAAUACACCAUACAUAGGACGCGUUGUGACAAUAAUACGGUAUGGGGGACCGUAUGGCUUUGUUGCUGCUGGUUGUUGCGACCACGGCGUUAGCAGUUGAGGUGCCGACAGAUGGUGGGAUGGGCCUGCUGGCGGAGCCCCAGGUGGCUAUGUUCUGUGGGAAGCUCAACAUGCAUGUGGAUGUCCAGAGCGGCAAAUGGGAGUCAGACCCCUCCGGCACCAAGAGCUGUAUCGGUACCAAGGAGGGCAUCCUGCAGUACUGUCAGGAGGUAUACCCCGAGCUGCAGAUCACCAACGUGGUGGAGGCCAACCAGCCAGUCAGCGUCCAGAACUGGUGCAAGAAGGGCCGCAAGCAGUGCCGCAGUCACCUGCACAUCGUGGUGCCCUACCGAUGCCUAGUGGGGGAGUUUGUCAGUGAUGCCCUGCUGGUUCCUGAUAAGUGCAAGUUCCUGCACCAGGAGCGCAUGGACAUGUGUGAGAGCCACCUGCACUGGCACACUGUGGCCAAAGAGUCCUGUGGAGACCGCACUUUGAAUCUCCACGACUACGGGAUGCUGUUGCCGUGCGGCAUCGACCGUUUCCGGGGGGUGGAGUUUGUGUGCUGUCCGUCAGACAGGGAGACCGACAGYACUGAGCAGGACGAGGACGACUCGGAUGUGUGGUGGGGAGGAGCCGAGACUGACUACACUGACAACAGUAUGGCACGGGGGGCAGCAGAUCCAGCUGGAUUCACACCCCAGCAACAACAGGAGGAGGAGGUGACAGAGGAGACAUCCCCUGCCAUGGUAGAGGAAGAUGAGGAAGAGGAGGGGCAGGACAACGACCAGGAUGGAGACGGGGAUGAGGACGACGACGAGGAGGAUGAUGACGAUGACGUCAUUGACGAGCGCGACGAUAGCGAGCCCACCACCAACAUCGCCAUGACUACCACCACCACUACUACUACCACCGAGUCUGUGGAGGAAGUGGUCAGAGAGGUGUGUUGGGCGAAUGCGGAGACGGGCCCAUGCCGUGCCAUGCUUGCACGCUGGUACUUUGACCGCGAGGAGGGCCGCUGUGCCCAAUUCAUCUAUGGCGGCUGCGGGGGCAACCGCAAUAACUUUGAGUCGGAGGAGUACUGCCUGUCUGUAUGCAGCAACGUCAGCCAAGAGUCUACCUCGUGCUGAUAAGAAGGCUGUCAUCCAGCGUUUCCAGGAGAAGGUGGAGGCCCUGGAGCAGGAGGCAGCCAGUGAGAGGCAGCAGCUGGUUGAGACCCACAUGGCCCGGGUUGAGGCCCUGCUCAAUGACCGCCGUCGCCUGGCCCUGGAGAGCUACCUGACCUCCCUGCAGGCCCAACCACCCAGGCCUCGUCAUGUGUUCAGCCUAUUGAAGAAGUAUGUCCGUGCAGAGCAGAAGGACAGACAGCACACCCUUAAACACUUUGAGCACGUCCGCAUGGUCGACCCCAAGAAGGCCGCACAGAUCCGACCCCAGGUACUGACCCACCUGCGUGUGAUUGAGGAGAGGAUGAACCAGUCCCUGGGUCUGCUCUACAAGGUUCCCGGAGUGGCCGACGAUAUCCAGGACCAAGUUGAGUUGCUGCAGAAGGAGCAGGCAGAUAUGGCCCAGCAGCUGUCCAACCUGCAGAGUGACGUGCGGGUGAGCUACGGCAAUGAUGCCCUGAUGCCUGACAGUAUUCCAGACAGCACCAGGGCCUCCCUGGACCUGCUGCCCCAGGAAGAAGACCUGGGCGUGGGCCUGGACGGACUGGGAUUUAUCCACCCCGAGAGCUUCAACCAGGUCAACACAGAUAACCAGGUUGAGCCUGUGGAUGCCCGCCCUAUUCCUGAUAGAGACUUUCCAACACGACCAGUGUCUGGUCUGAAGCCAGAGGAGAUUCCUGAGCUCAGGAUGGAGGCAGAGGAGAGGCACAGCACCGGAUUCGAAGUGCACCACCAGAAACUGGUGUUCUUCGCCGAGGAUGUCGGCUCUAACAAGGGCGCAUCAUCGGGUGAUGUGGGAGGCGUCGUCAUAGCGACCGUCAUCGUCAUCACCCUGGUGAUGCUGAGGAAGAAGCAGUACACGUCCAUCCACCACGGAGUCAUCGAGGUGGAUGCAGCAGUCACCCCUGAGGAGCGCCACCUGUCCAAAAUGCAGCAGAACGGCUACGAGAACCCCACCUACAAGUUUUUCGAGCAGAUGCAGAACUGAGAAAUGACAAGCCCCCUCACCCCUAUGACCACUACCCAACCGCUCUAACCCUCCACACCCCUAUGCCCUUAACACUAUCCCCAAUCCAAACCAACCCUAUCCUACCCUCAAGCAGUGCAGGUUGGAACCAGGCACCACUAUCACUCCUGGUSUAGAUAGACUGUCCCCUUCAACACUGGUCCAGAGUCAGUSUUUAGUUUGAUUUGGAAUGAGUUGAGGAAUGGAUUUGGAUAGGGAGAUCUGACUCCAGACCAGUGUUAUUUAAGGGGGCAUUCUCUGGCUGUAGUGCCAGCCACACUGUCCCCAACCCUACACUACUGCAUUCUCUAUACACUGGGGAAUAGGUGAGGUCUAUGGGUCAAUGAAGCCUCCUCUCCUCCUAUCCUUCCUUCCUCCCUCUUUCCUUCUCUGUGCAUUCUUAUGACAGCUGUGCUGUGUUAGGUCACACAAGGCUAAAAUGAUGAUAAUGAUGAUGAUGUACUCGGAAUGAGCUCUUUAUUUUAGUUAUUCUAUCGUUUUCGGUUUUGUUUUUCAAAAAAKAAAUUAAAAUUAGAAAAARAUCAUAUGUAAAGAGAAAAAYGUCUUUUUUUAAGUUGCGUGUAAUGUAACAAAGUAGCUGUUCCUAUUUAGUGCAUGAUGACAAACAUUACGACGGGGUUAUUAUUGAAAAAUAGUCAAAUUCUGCGUCUCCAGAGAGAUUCUCACAUAGAGAUGAUCAUUCUAGCAGGAUUGUACAUUUAGUAUCUUUCUCGUGAUACGUGACUUAAAUUACAUUGGAUAAAAAAUAUAUAUGAAUCUCGGUGAAUGGGCUCUCUGUUUGGAUACAUGUUUAAUACACUGUAAGAGA